AUGCUCAGUCUCUCAAAACUACCUCGUCGGGUCUCUCUGGUUGCCCACAGAAAAACUGGCCAGCGCAAAAUUGUCAGCCUUCCACAGCUCCACGCCGCUGACCUAGAUUCCUCAAAGAACACAGAGCAUGUCCGACAGGUCGAUCAUUAUCUCAAAAGUCGUGGGAUCGUCAAGAUUGGUUUACAGUUUGAAGACGACAACUGCAACUAUCUCAAAGGGUUGCUUCUCCAGCUGCACAGAGACCAUGGCCACGGGCUUCCAACAACCCACAGCGCCUCUCGUGGCUGGUUCUGGGAUGUACGCCCGCAGCUAGAAACCUCGACUGAUGCUUAUACCGCACGAUCGGAGACUAUGAACGAGUUUCCUUGGCACACAGACUGCAGCUAUGAAAAAUCACCCGCGCGGUACUUUGCCCUGCAGGUUAUUCGUCCUGAUCAGUGGGGUGGUGGCACUCUCUCCGUUCUGGACAGCUCCCGCUUGGUGGCUCUGUUGUCGCCUGCAGUACUCUCCGCGCUCAGUCAGCCUGAAUUCCGUAUCAAUGUCCCACCCGAGUUCAUAAAAGCAGAUUCCAGUACUCAUAUUAUUGGAAACUUGCUUCAGGCGGAUCAGAACAUGAGAACGGUCCAGCUCCGGUUUCGAGAGGAUAUCGUCACCCCAUUGACCGAACCAGCAAAAGUUGCAUUUGACCAACUGCGAGAAGCCCUGGUCAGUGAAGCCAUACAGUCGCAGGUGAUGCAUUUGAAUUCUACUAUGCUUCCACAAGGGUCGAUCGUCGCGAUGGAUAAUCGUCGCUGGCUGCAUAGUCGGGACGAGGUUCUUGAUCCCAAACGACAUCUUCGCCGAGUUCGAUGGGAUUCACGCCCUUUCAAUAACCUGUAA